UUCCUACUCAUAGAGUUGGCCAUGUCUCUACCCUAAUUAAACUGAAACUCUCUCUCUCUAUCUAUCUCUCCCCGAGUCUCUCUCCCUCUCUUUCUAUCUCUGAAAAGAACAGGAAACGUUGCUAUCAAGCUGCCCACCUGCACCCACGUGAAAUGUCGCAAUACUCGGUUUUGUGCUUAAUUCGUAUCUAUCUAGCUCCCCCACUUUCACAGAUCCAUAGCAUCCUCAACGCCCUAUAUUUCUCUUUCGUAUCCACUUACUUCUACAGUACCACUCGCACUACCUUGCUAUCCCUUUCUCUCUCUCUCAAUCCAUGCUGCACCACACUAGUUUAUUACUUUUUGCAACAAAAGGUCACGGUGAAAGCAAAGUUCUCAACAACAGUAACUCUCUCAUUUGUGCAAUUCUUUGUAGGUACCAUUUCUUCUCAAGCUCAGACUGAAAAUAGUGUUGUAGCUGCAGAUAACAUUAAGGAAGCGAGUAGCAACAACACAGUCUCCGAGCAGCUGAUUCCUUCUAAAAGAACAAUUCCAAAGAAGAAAAGCAAUGGUGGUCCAAAACAGACAAGCCCCAGAAAGAGGACUGGUAAGAAGGACAGGCACAGCAAGAUCUGUACUGCUCAAGGUCCUAGAGAUCGCAGAAUGAGGUUGUCCCUUCAGAUUGCGCGUAAGUUCUUUGAUCUUCAAGACAUGUUAGGCUUUGAUAAAGCAAGCAAAACCAUUGAAUGGCUGUUUUCUAAGUCCAAGACUGCAAUCAAGGAACUCACAGAAAGUACUAUGUCACAAGUGAAGCAAUUUAGUUGCAGUGAUGUUGCUAAGAGUACUGUCUCAUUUACAUCAGAAAGUGAAGUGGUUUCAGAAAAUUUGGAGAUUGUGGAUGAUGGUGAAUUUGUCAAUCGCUUAGCCAGAGUGAAAAAGAACAGAAAAAUACAUAGAGUUGCAAGGGAUUCCAGGGACAAAGCAAGAGAAAGAGCAAGGGAGAGAACAAGGGAAAAAAUGAUAAUCAGAGGCCUUGAGAAAUCUAAACAAAGUUCUGAAGCAAGCCCAAGUAAUUUGGGACAGGUAUGGUCUUCUACUCCCCUUGAGACUGGUGAGAAAGCAUGUUUCUGUAGCCAAGAAAUGAAAUCUUCUCUGGGAAUGAUGCCUGAGGUUGAAGAGCCUAGCAACAACAAUCACUUGCUAGAGCAUCAAAUCAAUUCUGUAAGCAUCAAUGAGAAAAUUUUGGGCAUUGUGGGGCACAAUGUCACAGUCUCAAGUGGGGGGAAUUUCGCAGAAGAUUUUCCGGGAUUUCCUGUGAAUUGGAACAGCAAAAAUGCCAAUAUGCAGUCCUUUUGCUGCAGAACAACAAGCAUGGCGGUGGAGCCAUCCACAGGUGAUGUACCAGUAAAACUCCCUAGUGCAAUUGUCACAGCCACCUCGAAACCUCAAGAAAUGAAGCCUACUUCGAUUUUCACAACUACCUUCAAUGCCCAAGAACAAAUGCUUAGUUCAAUUUUCAUGACCACCCCAAACACUACCCCAGAGCAAAGCCCUAGUUCAUAUUUCAUUACCUCUUCAAAUUCUCAACAUCAAAACCCUACUUCAAACCUUUUGGCUACCUCAAAUAAUUCUUUGCAAUCUCAUUGUCUAGAAAACCAAUUCUUUUGAAAUCCUUGGUUGGGUGGGUGUGACAAGAAUUGCAGUCGACAUAUUGAGGUGCUCCUUUUUUUCAGUGCAUGAUCAAAAAAGGUGUGUUUUUACCUGUCUUCAAUUGCCAUGUGUCCUAAUGAAUUGUUUGUUGAAUGUUAAAACCAAGUACUAAAAACUUGUUGUACUCCUUGGAUUAACAUUUAUAAGAAUUCAGAGCUUUAU